AUCCAGAUUGGCAUUUCUCGCAAAGCAGACCAGUCAGCCAUUGCAAAUGAGUGGAUGCCGCUAUCUCGCCUCCCGAGACCAGUGCCAGUCUGCAUGGUCCGGAAAGACGAACCGCGGCAUAGCUCAAUCCCGUCCUGUUAUAAGCAUGGGACAUUAGCCGGUUUCGCAUCUCUGGCAAACAAUUCCCUGUUCUUACAUACAACGCUGCCUGAUACCUUCCUUCAACCCUCCGUAUUCGUAAAAUGUUCAAAGUUGGCUUUCUGUUCGCUGCUGUCGCCAGCACGUUUGUUGCUGCAGCACCAGUCUCUGUCCAGGACAACCUGAUAGUUUUCGGCAACUCGCUCUCGGACGUUGGCAACAUACAAAAACUGACCGGGUCCUCGGGAUUCUGGCAGGGCCGGUUCAGCAACUCGUACGUAUGGAACGAGUACGCGGCCAAGCUCCUAGGCAUGAACCUCGAGAACCACGCGUACGGUGGUGCCACCUCCAACAACGAUCUGUCGCCGGCAAUGGCCGGUAACAUAACCGUCCCUAGUUUCCAUGACCAGGUCAAUGCGUGGCUCAAGGAUCCUGCGCACCUGUCGCAGCACAGUCUGCAGAACGACGUGGUGGCGGUGGAAAUCGGUGGCAACGAUAUCUUCGGCAACGCCCAGAAGGUCCUGUCUGGUAAUUUGACAGUGGAAAAAUUCGCUACGGCUCUGGGUAAUAAUAUCGCUGGAGACAUCACCAAGCUGCUUGAUGCCGGGUACAAGAACAUCUACGUGUGGAACUUGCCGGCGGUCGACAAGGUCCCGUAUAUCAACCAGAUGGGUGUUGGCGCAUUGGUUGCGCCAAUGGUCGCAGCCAUCAAUGACCAGGUCAAGGCUGCGUUGCAGCCGGCAGUUGCCCGCGGUGUGCAUUUGCUGGACCUUGGCGCACUGAUGAACCAGGCCUUGGCGCCGCAGGUCCUUGCAGCUAUGGGAAUAUCUGAUUCGACACACGCAUGCUAUAACAAGGAUAGCGCCGGCGCAGUCACUAUCUGCCAGGACCCCGACAACCACUUCUUCUAUGACGGAAUCCACCCAGCAUCCCGCAUGCAGUAUCUGUGGGGUAUUGCUGCGUCAAUUCUGAUUCGUGAUCCUGGACACAAGUUCAGCGCCGAGGAGAUUUUGGGGCUCAUCAAGACGUUUGGUAUCGGGAACAGCAAUGUCAACGACAACUUGAUUGUUGAUGGGAUUACUGGACCGGAGAGCAGCGCGAUUCCCUCGGGUUCGGCCACGCCGACUGGCUCUGCUACGCCGACCGCUGCUCCCACCGAUACGGUUUACCCGACCGCUGCUCCCACCAGCACUGUACCGCCCAAGUGUAUCAAAAAGAACUAA